CUUCUUCAAUUCUCAUCCAUAUCUCUCUCUCUUCCUUCUUUUUCUCUCUCUAGAAUUUCAAGAACUGGGUUUUGUAUUUUUGGAUUCUUUUUUUUUUUUUUGCUUCCUAGCAAGAUUUUAAAUUUUCUUUUGUAUAUGUUUAAUCAUAUCAAAAAAAAAUUUUAAAAAAAGUUGAGUCUUUGAAUUCUCUCUCUCUCUCUCUCUUAAACAGCAGGCUGCUUGUUUCUUUUGAGCUUUCAAAAAAACUAAAAGUUGUCUCUUUGGUUGGAGCCAAAUCAAAGAUUGAAUGCAGUAAAGAACAUAUAUAUGUUAUAAUCUUCAAAAAAAAAAAAAAAAUUCUUCUUUUUUUUCUUAUUUUGUCUUGAAUUAGAUCUUGGAAACUUUUGUUAAUUACUCAAAAUACAACAAUUGUUUCUUAUUCUUCGUCGUCGUCGUCUUUGUUAGAUCUGUUUUUUGUUGUCUCAUGAAACCAAUAUAAGAGGGGUUUCUUUCUUUUCUUUUCUUUUUUGUUUCUGAAUUUUAUGAAAUUAAGAUGAUGAUGAAAGGUAAUUUUUUGUCUGAACAACAACAACAACAAAUUGUAGUGAUGGAUGAAAAUUUGUCGAAUUUGACUUCUGCAUCUGGUGAAGCUACUGCUAGUGUUUCUUCUGCCAAUAAAACUGAAUUCCCCAAUCAAUAUUUUGCUCCUCAAAGCCAACCACCACCUCCUCCUCCUCCUAAGAAGAAGCGCAACCUUCCUGGAAAUCCCGACCCAGAUGCGGAAGUGAUAGCGUUAUCGCCGAAGACGUUGAUGGCGACGAAUAGAUUCGUGUGUGAGAUAUGCAACAAAGGGUUUCAAAGAGAUCAGAAUCUUCAACUGCACAGAAGAGGGCAUAAUUUACCAUGGAAAUUAAAGCAAAGAACAAACAAAGAGAUAAUAAAGAAGAAGGUAUAUGUAUGUCCAGAAGUGAGUUGUGUACACCAUGAUCCAUCAAGAGCACUUGGUGACUUAACAGGAAUAAAGAAGCACUUCUGCAGAAAGCACGGUGAAAAGAAGUGGAAAUGCGAUAAGUGCUCUAAGAAAUAUGCAGUUCAAUCUGAUUGGAAAGCUCACUCCAAGAUCUGUGGCACAAAGGAGUACAGAUGUGACUGUGGAACUCUUUUUUCAAGAAGAGAUAGUUUCAUUACACAUAGAGCCUUUUGUGAUGCAUUAGCAGAUGAAAGUGCAAGAUCAGCCAUGGCAUUAAACCCUCUUCUCUCUUCUUACAACAGUAACAACAAUAACAAUUCACAAGAAUUCCUUAAUAAUAAUAAUUUCGCUCUGAAACGAGACUUCAACAAUAACAACAACAACAAUUUGAGAGCGGAGAUUCCACCAUGGCUACAACCAUCAGAUCUCCGAGCGGAAAUCCUGAUGGGGAGUGGCCACGAGGAGCAUAAUCAUGAAACCCUAAACCCUAACCCUAACCCGAGUGGACACGGGUGCGGGCCCACAAGUGGUCUUCCUCCUCCGGCAUAUCAAUCUUGUUCUCCUCAUAUCUCAGCCACUGCACUGCUGCAGAAGGCAGCUCAGAUGGGUGCGACCAUGAGUAGUACCACUACCACGAGUGGCUCUAUGCCAAGGCCCCACAAGCUUCUUCACGUGUCUACAGGUAAUUAUGGAGAGAUGGGAUUAUGGUCACGUGAAGUUGAGAUGGGUAGAGGAGGGGGGGCUGUGAGUUGUAGUAGUAGUAGUUGUACUGAUUAUGGGAAUAAAGCUGCUAAUGCUAAUGCUUCUGCUUCUGCUUCUGCAUCAACCACUUUUCUUCAUGAUAUGAUCAAUUCCCUCUCUUCCCCUUCUCCUUCUCAUCCUUUCCUCCAACAUAAUUCCUCCUUCAACGACACCGCCAACGCCGCCGCCGCUUUCUCCGCUAUGCAUCAUCACACCGCCCCCGUCCCCGCCACUACUGCCCCAUCCGCUGUCGGUUCGGGCAGUCGAAGCGACGGUUUAACCAGAGAUUUCUUGGGACUUCGCCCUCUUUCUCAUGGAGAUAUUCUAAGCCUUACUGGUUUUGGAAAUUGCAUUGUUCCUAAUAAUUCCUCCAAUCUUCAGACUCAAAUCCAGAAGCCAUGGCAGGGUUAGAUUCGUAAAUUACCUUUUUUUUUUUUUUGCCUUAUGUAAGUUUUUCUCAAAGAAAUGGGGAAAAUAUGUAUUAAUUGAUCUCAUUAUAAGAGAUGAAGAACAUUUUUAAUUUUCUCAUGUUGUCUUUUUUUUUCUUUUUUUCUUUUUUUUUACGUAAAAUACUUUAUGGAAUGUACUUCAACAUUUUGUAAGCUAAUUAUUAUGAAUUUUCUUUUAUAUGAGAAUAAUAUUUUAAUAUAU